UUAGCGAAGGGUCAAUGUCCCGCUUUACUAGUUGUCCGACUUUUUAUUCCAAAUGAGCGUCUGCGAAACACCUCAAAAAGAUGUCAGUUAAAUGUAGUUGUGAAAGGACAGUAAACAUUUCUACCUGUGACAUUAAGUGAGAGCGUAAAAGUGAGAGAGACGUUUUACUUUCAGUGGAAGCGGAACAAAGUGUCAGCUCGCUGCACUUCCCGAACUCAACAGUGUGACUCCAGCGGAAGUAAACAACACAAGCGCUAUCGCCUUUCGCAGCAUUCACAUGCUCAUGUUGCUGGAAUUACAACCUCAGCACAGACGAGUAUUAAUUAAUUAAAUUAAUAAACAACAAUGUCUUCAGCUGAGCAUUUUAAAGAGUUUAUAAACGACCGUCUCGCUGCUGCUGCGGAAGAAAUAUUCAGAGUUUUUAAGAAAACAGUGACCGGGUAUGAAGAAGAGAUCGGCCGUCAGCGCAGACUGCUGGAUAUCGUUUGGAAACCUGAAAUAAAGAUUCACAGGAUAGAUCUCCCACAGCAACAAGUCUUAAAGGAGGAGGACGUUUUCGCCGACUCCAGUCUGGAUGAAGAGGACCCAGAGCCUCCACAGAUUAAAGAGGAACAAGAGGAACUCUGCACCAGUCAGGAGAGGGAGCAGCUUGAACCGAAGCAGGAGGCUGCUGCCUUUACGUUGACUCCUACAGAUGAGGAAAGUGAAUACAGUAAUGAUCUGACGCUGAACUUCAACCCUGAUGAGGCUCUAAAUACAGCAGAGAACGAGUCUGUAGUGCCAGUUAUAUACUCUGUCAUAUCAGAAGCACACAGUGACCACCUGUCUCACAAUUCUCUGAGCCAAGAUCAGAAAGGAGGCGAGCACGGAGACUCAGGAUCAACCAGAAACGCAGAGCCAAAACCAAACAAAAAACAUCACCAAAGCAGUGACAGUGUAAACAGCCUGAACUUGUUAGAGAGCCAUACUCCUGCAGGUAAAUGGCCUUUCAGAUGUGACAAGUGUGGAAAGGACUUGAAGCAUAAGUCAUCACUGGAAAGACACCUGAGAAUCCACAUAGACAAGAAGCCGUAUGCUUGCAACGAGUGCGGGAAAAGAUUCAGUCGGACAUCAACGCUAAAAGCUCAUAUGACGCUCCACACCGGUGACAGACCGUAUUCCUGCAGCAUCUGUGAAAGGAGGUUCUGUCAGAUGCCAGACUUGAAAAAGCACAUGAAAAUCCACACAGGAGAGAAACCAUAUACGUGCAGGACAUGUGGGAGAUCUUUCAGAUGUAAUGCUGAAGUGACAGUCCACAUGAGAAGAGCCCACACAGGCGAGAAACCGUUUGCGUGCCACACGUGUGGGAAAAGUUUUUACAAGGCAUCGGACUUGAAUGCUCACAUGAGAACUCACACAGGUGAGACGCCGUACUGCUGCAAAACAUGUGGGAAAGGUUUCAAAUGGGGUAGCGGCCUGCUGGUUCACAUGAGGACUCACUCGGGUGAGAGGCCGUAUACUUGUAAUAUAUGUGGGAAACAUUACAAAUGCAGCACUCACCUGAAAGGCCACAUGAGAAUCCACACAGGUGAGAAGCCGUAUAUGUGCAAGACAUGUGGGAAAAAUUUCAGACUGAGCUGUGCCUUGAAGGUUCAUAUGAGAUUACAUGCAGGUGAGAGGCCGUACCCCUGCAAGACCUGUGGGAAAACAUUCGUUAUCAUGGGGAAUUUGAAGAAGCACAUGACGGUCCACACAGACGAGAAGCCAUAUUCCUGCAAAUCAUGUGGCAAAGAUUUCAGAAAUAACUGUGCUUUGAAAAUACACUUGAAGAGGAAGAAGCUUUGCCUUUCUGAACUUUCUUCAGCUGAGCAUUUUAAAGAGUUUAUAAACGACCGUCUCGCUGCUGCUGCGGAAGAAAUAUUCAGAGUUUUUAAGAAAACAGUAACUGCGUAUGAAGAAGAGAUCGGCCGUCAGCGCAGACUGUUGGAUAUCGUUUGGAAACCUGAGAUAAAGAUUCACAGGAUAGAUCUCCCACAGCAACAUGUCUUAAAGGAGGAGGACGUUCUCGCCGACUCCAGUCUGGAUGAAGAGGACCCACAGCCUCAUCAGAUUAAAGAGGAACAAGAGGAACUCUGCACCAGUCAGGAGAGGGAGCAGCUUGAACCGAAGCAGGAGGCUGAUGCCUUUAUGUUGACUCCUACAGAUGAGGAAAGUGAAUACAGUAAUGAUCUGACUCUGAACUUUAACCCUGAUGAAGCUCUAAAUACAGCAGAGAACGAGUCUGUAGUGCCAGUUAUAUACUCUGUCAUAUCAGAAGCACACAGUGACCACCUGUCUCACAAUUCUCUGAGCCAAGAUCAGAAAGGAGGCGAGCACGGAGACUCAGGAUCAACCAGAAACGCAGAGCCAAAACCAAACAAAAAACAUCACCAAAGCAGUGACAGUGUAAACAGCCUGAACUUGUUAGAGAGCCAUACUCCUGCAGGUAAAUGGCCUUUCAGAUGUGACAAGUGUGGAAAGGACUUGAAGCAUAAGUCAUCACUGAGAAGACACCUGAGAAUCCACAUAGACAAGAAGCCGUAUGCUUGCAACGAGUGCGGGAAAAGAUUCAGUCGGACAUCAACGCUAAAAGCUCAUAUGACGCUCCACACCGGUGACAGACCGUAUUCCUGCAGCAUCUGUGAGAGGAGGUUCUGUCAGAAGUCAGAGUUCAGAAAGCACAUGAAAAUCCACACAGGAGAGAAACCAUAUAUGUGCAGGACAUGUGGGAGAUCUUUCAGACGUAAUGCUGAAGUGACAGCCCACAUGAGAAGAACCCACACAGGCGAGAAGCGGUUUGCGUGCGACACGUGUGGGAAAAGUUUUUACAACGCAUGCGACUUGAAUGCUCACAUGAGAACUCACACAGGUGAGACGCCGUACUGCUGCAAAACAUGUGGGAAAGGUUUCAAAUGGGGUAGCGGCCUGCUGGUUCACAUGAGGACUCACUCGGGUGAGAGGCCGUAUACUUGUAAUAUAUGUGGGAAACAUUACAAAUGCAGCGCUCACCUGAAAGGCCACAUGAGAAUCCACACAGGUGAGAAGCCGUAUACGUGCAAGACUUGUGGGAAAAAUUUCAGACUGAGCUGUGCCUUGAAGGUUCAUAUGAGAUUACAUGCAGGUGAGAGGCCGUACCCCUGCAAGACCUGUGGGAAAACAUUCGUUAUCAUGGGGAAUUUGAAGAAGCACAUGACGGUCCACACAGAUGAGAAGCCGUAUUCCUGCAAAUCAUGUGGCAAAGAUUUCAGAAAUAACUGUGCUUUGAAAAUACACUUGAAGAGGAAGAAGCUUUGCCUUUCCAAACUUGUGGGAAAAGAUUAGCAUUGAAAAGGCAUAUGAGCAGCCACACAGGUGAGAAGCUGUAUUCUACAUGAUGCUGCAACUAAUCAGUCCGAGCAAUGAGAGGAGUGUGGGCAAUGAACGUUUUUCUGAUUUCAUGUGCGGGGUUCCCAUACAGGUUUAUGGACAAAUAUCAAAACUUUUCAAGGGCUUAUAAUAA